AUGCAGCCUUUGUUUGCUUUCUCAGGCGAACUUUACGAGAGAAUUUUAAAUUACUCCCGACCCGGUCUGGCUUUCGUCGUCUACCCGGAGGCAAUUGCCCAAAUGCCCUUCCCCGUCUUCUGGUCCAUCUGUUUCUUCCUCAUGCUCACCACCCUCGGUCUGGGAUCCCAGUUCGCCAUCGUGGAGACGGUGAUGUCCGGCUUGGAGGACGAAUUGCGACGCGUCGGCCGACUCACUACUCGCUGGUCGAAGAUGACCUUCCGGAUCUGUCUGUGUGCUGUAAACUUCCUCCUCGGCCUGCCAAUGGUCUGCAAGGGAGGCUACUUUCUGCUCUUUCUCGUCGACUGGAGUAUGUCGGGCUAU